UUCGCAUUUCCAACUCUCUUCUCUUUUUCGCUUUUUUUCUCUCUCUCUUUUCUCUCCCUCUCUCUCUCCAGAUUGAGAAAGAAGGAACAAUGGAUUCUUCUGCAACUGCAAGAAGGCCGUAUUUCAUCGACGAAGACGAUGGGUUGGUUUCUUUGGUCGAUGUGGAAGCUGGAAUUUCUGGAAAUCAUCACAACAACAACAACAACCAUUAUCCUCACCCUUUCAUUCUCCGCCCUAAGAUCAUUUGUACUCACGGCGGUGCUCAACGGAGAACCACCAGAAACCUUUCGUUUUCUUCCUCCAGAAUUAUCUCUCCCAGGUUUUACGAUGCUAGAUUUGAAGAUCACCAUCACCAUUUCUUGAAAGCUUGUUUUCUCUGCAAGAAACCGCUGUCUGAUAAUAAAGACAUUUUCAUGUACAGAGGAGACACUCCAUUUUGCAGCGAAGAGUGUAGGCAAAGGCAAAUUGAUAUGGACGAAGCGAAAGAGAAAAAGAUGAAUCUAUCAUCGUCCAUUAAAGCAAUGAGAAAAAAAGAUCAGAGAAAAUCAACUUCUCCGGGAAAAUCCACCGCCGACCACGACUGCCGUUUUCGCCCCGGGACGGUGGCAGCGGCGUAGAUCAAGUAAUAAUAAUCAUUAUAUAUAUAUAUAUAAAAACCGCAUAUAUAUAUAUAUAUAUAUAUAUAUAUAUAUAUAGAACAUUCCCGUGAAAGAGGUGAAUUAGUUUGAAGAAGGAAGAAGAAGCGGGAAGAGCAGAGAGUUGGUUUUGAUUAUAAUUUUUGUUUUUGUUUUAUUUGGGGGUUUUAAAUUGUGGGGAGAAAAUUAUGCAACUGUGAAUGAAGUUGUGUUGAUGGUGGUGAGGAAGUCUUGUGUUCAUUUUUUUUUACUGGGAUUUGCUCACAUUUUCUUUUCCUUUUCCUUCUUUCUUUGUGUAUAUUAUGAUAUAAUGAAAUGACUAAUGAGAAAAACAAAUAUGGUUUGGCUUUUUACCCUCU